GUCUACAAAUGAUCAGUUAUAUUGGAUAAAUAAUGGAAUAAUGUACACAAACUAUCAAUAUGUAAACAUAAACCUCACUAUUACUUAUGUUUAUUUCUACUAAAAAGUUAACAUUUUACCAUUUAACGGUGCUGCUCUAAGACUAUGAGGCUUCCAUCUUACAUAGCUACUGAAAUUUUUAAUAUUUAAAGAUUAUGACUUGUAUAUGUUAGGAAAAUAUAACUAAUGAUUUAGGUAAAAAAAGGUUUUGGUGGAGUUUUCUUCUCUGAGCUGGGUGGUUUGGUCGUGGAGCCUUUAUCGUUCUUCUGAACGACAUCAUCAACACAAAAUCCACCAUCUUAAAAAAAGGUUACUAUUAACCGUAUAUAAACUUUUAUGAACUAAAUUUUCAUGACAGACAAAAAAUGAUACUGGAAACAUGGGUUGUAAAUUACAGAACGUUCAUUCUAAUGAAUAAAUGGAUGUUUUAAAUAGUAAACGAAGAUUUCGUCUCUGUUUAUUUCUUUUAUCGUAAAAAUAGAAAAAUAUAUUUGUUUCGUAGCUCUUUGCUCCAUUGAAUAAUAUCCUGAAAAUACUCUAAAUCAUAAAUUGACUUCAUUUAUACAAUCAGAAAUUAGAUGUUUUGUCCUGGAGGAACAAGUUUAACAAGCUAGGUUCUACUAUCAUUACAGUACAUGAUUUAAAUCAACUUGAAACUAUAUUUCUAAUGAUAAAAAAUAUAUGUACUUUCAAAGGUAUACAAAACAAGCCCGUUAAAAAUAGCACAGACAAAACUUGUUUAUUGUCAUGUUUCAUAUAAAAAAAAUAAUGAUUGAUAUCAAUACGUACAAGGAAAUGUACAAGCACGCAGGUUCAUGUUCAUUUCUCUCCAACUAAAAAUCAAUACUUAAAAAGGCAUAUAAUAAUUUGCUUCAAGCACAUAUGAGGUCAAUAUGUAUAUAUACUCACUUAAAGUAAACAAGCUAUUGUUUCCAUUUCAUAUUAUCCAAUAAAAUUCCGACUUCAAAUACACCAAUCAAAAGGAAGGGACUGCUUUGAGGAAUAUUAAAGUUCAAUUUAUUCAGAUAAUGUCACAUAAACAUAUUACUGUGUAUAAAAAGUGGAUCAGAUACAUUUUAUUCCCUUAUUAACUCUUAUUAAUUUUCCAUCUAUCGUUGGCCAAAUAUAUUAAUGUCCGAUACAAAACAUAAAAAAUGUGAAUGUUGUGAGGAGUAUGGAAAUGCUGUGGCUUCCGGAUUGUUUCGUAAAAAGGAAAUAGGACGUGAUAUGAAAGAACUACUAAAAACUGGUUUGAACCGAUGUUUAACAACAUUAGAUUUAAUAGCAUAUGGAUUAGGAUCCAUGCUUGGUGGGAGUAUAUACGUACUUACAGGUGCUGUAAUGAAUAGAAGAACUGGGCCUGCAGUAUUUUUGGCAUAUAUACUGGCUGGAUGCGUGGCGUUACUUAAUUCUCUAAACUAUUCUGAAUUAGCAUGUCGUAUACCAAAGGCUGGUUCUUCAUAUACAUACAUUUAUUUUAUCAUGGGUGAAUUUCCUGCUUUUAUAACUGGGUGGGCAAUACUACUUGAGUAUAUACUAGGUAUAUCACUUGUUGCAAGAUGUUGGAGUAGUAUGCUUGACAGUCUUGCAGACAAUCAUAUAAGUAAAUGGACAAUACACAGUGUUGGUAGAUUAUCUCAUCCAGGUGGUGUAUUAGCUGAACAUUAUGACUUUGUCGGUGUAUUGCUGAUUAUUAUAUUGUCAGCUAUAUCUUGUUGUGGAGUUCGUGGCAGUGCAAAAGUGACAGCAGUUUCAAUUUUUGUAAAUGUUGGUGUACUAACAGUAACAUCAAUCUAUAUGUUUGUAUACAGCAAACCAGAAUAUUUAUAUAUCACCUCACCUAAUAUUACAGUAGAUAAAUUAUCGCCAAAUCCAAACUUUUUACCAUUUGGAAUACCAGGUUUAAUAGGUGGUACAGCAAUUUGUUUUAAUGUAUUCAUUGGUUUUGAUGCAAUAUCAACGUGUGCAGAAGAAGCUAAAAAUCCUAGUUACAGUCUACCUAGAGCGAAUGUUGUAGCCGUUAUAACUGUAGCAAUUUUGACCACAAUAUCUUCACUAGCACUAACUUUGUAUUACCCUUGGUUUCUUAUUAGUACCGAGAGUUCAUUUUUAAGUGCAUUAAAAGGUAAUACACUAAAUGGUGGACCAGAAAAUGUACGAACUGGAAUGUUUUAUUUUGUUGGUGUUGGAUCAUUAAUUGGGUUAAUUGCCUGUUUAAUUACUUCAUUAGUUGCUGCACCAAGAAUUAGUUAUGCUAUGGCUCAAGAUGGUCUUAUUCCGACUAUUUGUUCUCAUCUUUGUCAACCUUUCAAAACACCUGCCAUUUCAACAACAUUCGUCACAAUUAUAACAGCCUUACUAACAUUGAUUUUCAGUGUGGAUAGUUUAGCCGAUUUUAUGAGCUUAGGGACGUUAAUCGCUUAUUCCAUUACUGCAAUAGCUAUUAUAUGUAUACGUUACAGAAAACAAUCUGAUAGUCCACAAAUAUUGACUGAAACUGAUCAAAUAGAAACAGACAGCAUUGAAAAGGAUAAGCCUGUUAAACAAGUGGAACAUUUCAAAAAACGUAUUGAUAAACCAGGAUUCGUAAAAUAUCCUUAUGCUCGUUGUAUACCUAAUUGUAUAUUGAAGAUUUUCAAUUCCGGUUCACCUGGUGAUACAGUUGUUAUGAUCAUGGCUACUUAUAUUGUAUUAAAUGGUGUUUUAAUUAUGUGUUUGACAAUAGGAGCGAAACAUGAAUUGUGGCCAAUAUGGAGAAUUGUUUGUGUAGUGUUCAUUUUAGCAUUACUGAUAUCCUGUAUAGUAUUGAUGAGCAUUUUUAAACAAUUUGGACCACCUUACAAAGGUUUGUUUCAACUUCCCUAUGUUCCGUUCAUCCCAUGUGCAACGUUAACUAUAAACGUAUUUUUGAUCAGUGAGCUUUCAUGGGUUACCUGGAUAAGAUUUACUAUUUGGAUAGUAAUCGGUCUGAUACUUUAUUUUGGAUUUGGAGUAAUGAACACAUAUCGACUAUCUAAAGAUAAUGAAAGUAACAAUUCACAAACUUAUCUACAUGAUCCAGACGAUGAGAAAGAAUUCGAUAAAACUUACAUGUCUACAAAUAAGGCCACAUAAGAAGUCCUUUAUGAAUAGAUGGUGAUCACAAAACAGUUGGAUUCAAAUUUCUUGUAUUUUUCUUUUCAAACUUGUUUAUCUUCUUAAUUCGUUUAUAUUUUACCACAAAUAUUAUGACUUCAACUUAAAUUACUCCUAUCAUCUCAUUUGUAGAAACCAAGAGACCGUCAUCCUCAGUACUCAAUGAUGAUAAAUAAUACUUAUAGAAAGGCAGUGAAUGAUACUUUGAAGUUUUGACUUAUCAAAAACCACAAUCUCUACAUUUUAAUUUACACAUACUACUAAUUUCAUAGAACUAUGAUGGAUUGUAAAAAAUUUCUUACUGCUUAUUUUUGUGAACAAAUUAUAAUUAAUGAAGAGGGAUAGAUAAACCAAAAUUAUCUGAGAUUAUGAACUAUAUUAUUUAUAUAACCUAUAAAUAAGUAACAAAAAACUAUAAUCAGCUUCUAGUAUGUUAUAAAUUUUAUUUAUGCUGAAUCAAAUAUAUACAUGUAUAAUUCCAGAACAAUCGACACUUAGUUCUUUGCAAUCUCUUCAUUUGACUGCUGUUGCGAGGGAAAC